AUGGAACUGAACCACAGCUCGAAUCGACACUCCGUCUCGGACGAAGAGACACAGACACCACCUCGCUCACCAACACCGACAUCCAUCGCCCCCAGCGCCCCAGGAGCAUUCAGCACCACUGCCAUCCCCGACGGUGGUUACGGUUGGGCGGUGGUCAUUGCUGGAUUUACUGUGACUUUUUGUUUCAAUGGACUGAUCAAUUGCUGGGGUGUCCUGCAAACGGCACUCCUCAACAGCACACUUUCUCACGUCCCCACCGCCACACUUGCGUUCAUCGGCUCGUUAAACAUAUGUUGCGGCGCCGCCUUUGGCAUCUUCGCAACCAAACUCGGGCAGCGUUUUGGAUCGAGGAUCACAGCCAUGUCAGGCAUCACUACGAUGGGCCUUGGUCUCAUCGCUGCUGGGUCCUGUACAUCCAACGUCGCCGGCCUCUUUGGGACGAUUGGAGUGGUAGCCGGCGUGGGAAUGAAUAUGGCGUACACCAUCACGAAUCAGCUUCCCGUGCAGUAUUUCUCCGGAAAAUUGGGGCUUGCAAACGGCCUCAUCAAACUCGGAGGCGGCGUAGGCGGAACCGUGAUGGCAAUUGCGCUUGAAGCGCUCGUUCAGCACGUAGGAAUAGCUUGGACAUUUCGAGUCCAGGGGCUCCUCACCAUCGGAAUGGGGCUGCCGGCUGCUUGGUUCAUGAAGGAUCGGAUUGCGCCGGUGAGAAAGGCACCGUUCGUCGACCUGUCCAUGUUCAAGAGUGUACCGUUCACUGCCAUGUUCGCGGCGGGCGCGAUUGGUACCUUUGCAUUGUUCGUGGCGCCAUACUAUCUCCCUCUGUUUGCGCAGACGCUGGGUUUGUCGUCUUCGACUGGAGCUGGAUUGGUAGCGGCGUUCAAUGCCUGCAACGCUGUUGGCCGCUUCGCUGGAGGCCCACUGUGUGACAAGAUUGGCCCCAUCAACACUUUUGUCAUCACAAUGGUAUUAAAUGCGGUCAGUAUGCUGGCGAUAUGGCCGGUGUCGAGUACGCUGGGACCUCUGCUCGUCUUUGCGGUUCUCAAUGGCGUGGCGAACGGUGCGUUCUUUACCGUCUUCCCCACAGUUGUCGCCAGCAUUUUCGGUCCCGGAAGGGCGGCCGUAGCGAUGAGCAUGUCGAUCACCGGUUGGACACUUGGGUACUUGUUGGGUGCGCCAGUUGCAGGUUAUAUUUUGCAAGCGAUGGGAGGACAAGAGAAAGCUGGUGCAGGGAACAUUGAUGUUUAUCGUCCGGCCAUAUUCUACGCUGGAGGAGUGGCGCUGGUAUCCAGUUGUUUUGCGCUCUGGGCGAGAUUGAAUUUGGCGAAGAAAGUGGCGAAAAGGGUCUGA